AUGUCGGACAGAUUAAGCGGUCUCCCCUUGGAAAUAAUUAUUCAGAUUCUUUCUUACCUGCCCUUUGGGUCAUUUCUGGCCUUUGGUGAAACUUCUCGUCUCAAUUACAGAUCCCAUACCUUGUGUCUCCGACGUCUGCGCCUGGGUGUGUUUGAAAAGAGAGUCCAUUCUAUGAUAUCUUGUCUCCAAGCGGGUUGGGCAACGCCGAGUCAAGUUGAAAGUUGGUCUGAUGAAGACAAAACUGGGAGUGACUAUACCGUCUCGGUCAUCCACUCUGGAGUGAGCCAUGCAAAACGCGACCUAUCUGCAGAACCCGUAGAAACAAGAGACUCGAGGAGGCGCAUGCCAGGAUUGAAAGGAAUGGUUCGAGAACGGGCACAAAAAGAAAUGACCCGGGCCCAAAACAAGAUCCUUGCCCAGCUCGUAAACCGAUAUGGACCGUCCUUCGUAAAGCUCGAGUUCAUGGCAUAUGAUCUUGAUGCUGAGGGAGCAAUGGCCCUGAGUACCAAAUGCCGACAUUCGUUACGAUACUUAGCGCUACUUUUCGAGCAUCAGCAUAUCCGAGACGGAGAGAUGAGACGAAGCGUCUGGCUGCAUCCUGCGCCUUGUAGCGCUGCCUGGAACUUGCUUAUCGGGGUGGGAGAGUCCAAGCACAUUGGGAUAUCCGGCCUAGAGACCUUGAUUCUCGAGAGGUCGGGUAUCACUCCGUGGCAGCUCACAAUGCUUGUGAAGAAAAACCGGCGAUUGAAGGUUCUGAAGCUGAGAACAUGUCGCGGCGCACAGCCGGACUUCUUAACCUGGUUGGGAGGUGUCAAGAAAGAUUCAACAGAUGAGUCUGUAGUAGACAGUGAUUUGGUCGUCCCUGGUAGGAAGCUGGAGGUACUGUGGUUGGAGAAUUGCCAUGACGUGCUCACUCAUCCAGUUGAGUCUGGAUACUUGCCUGAUGAGGUCUGCGAUCUUGGGCUUGAAUGGGUCAGAGGCCUGACGAAUUUGAAGGCAGGUCUUCUUUAA